GCCAAUGAAUCGAUUACACGCCCCUUAAUAAAACCAAAAACAGUGUUUCAAACUUGCAAGUGCAGUGAAAGUCUUCCUCUUUAAUCUUUCAUUGAUUUCCGUGAAGGCCCUCCAUUUCAUCGUCCUGCUUUCCCACCUCUCUCCGCCCACUCCAUUGCUUUUCGUGCGAAUCGAUCUAGUGAUGAUAAAAAAGUCUACUGUUGCGUCAGAGCCGUUCUUGGGUCAUCAUCGCUGAAGUUCUCAGAAGCAUGUCUGAGAGCUAAAGAACUGGAAUUUGAAGCGGUUUCGGUUCUCUUGAUGGUACAGGAGCUGAGUUCGAGGUCGAAGUGUUUGUGGGGUUGGGGGUUUUUCAGCUGUCGAUGCAGAAUCUUGAUCAAGACAAGGGAGAUCAGAGGAUAAGUUCUGAUAUGGAAGAUUCAAAUGCGAUGACCAUUGAGUUCCUUCGGGCACGAUUACUGUCUGAAAGAUCAGUCUCUAAAACUGCAAGGCAAAGAGCUGACGAAUUGGCAAAACGGGUAGCGGAGCUGGAGGAGCAAUUGAGGAUUGUGGCUCUGCAAAGGAAGAAGGCUGAGAAGGCUACAGCUGAUGUUCUUGCUAUAUUGGAGAGUCAUGGCGUUAGUGAUGUUUCUGAGUCAUAUUACUCAAGUUCGGAUCAGGAAGCGACACCACGUAAACUGAAAGUCUGUAAUGGUUCAAGCAAAGGAGGAGAGAGCUCUGUUAGUUCAAAACAACUAGGGAAUGAAUCAGAGGAAUUUUCAGGUACGGAGUUUGAUUCGACAGCGUCUGGUGGAAACUUGUCCUGGAAAGGCCGAAAGGAUGCCUCACGAUCUCUUGGGAAAUAUAAGGAUACUUCUAUAAGAAGGCGAACCAGUCUUGGAACAAUGUCCUCAUCUUCAAAACAUCGCCCAGGGAAAUCAUGCCGCCAAAUAAGACAUAAGGAUCAAAGACUAGAAUCCUCUGAGGUGAUGAAUGGGUCUGCUAAAGUUGAUGCUCAAGAAAAUGACGAUGCCAAAUCUUCCGAGACGUGCCAGGAUUUAUCUGAAACAGGGUGUGAGGUCUUUAGAGACGACCCUGAAUUGCACUUAGAAAAAGAAGUGAGCGACAGGCCAGUUUCGGGACGGGUAGAAAAUGAAGGAAAUGUAGUAGUCAGUGGUAUCCUUGAGAACAAUGACGACAGAGGAGAGAGAGACAUGGAAAGGGCACUAGAACAUCAAGCGCAACUGAUUGGCCAAUAUGAAGCAAUGGAAAAGGCACAAAGAGAUUGGGAAGAGAAGUUCAGAGAGAAUAAUAGCAGUACACCGGAUUCGUGUGAUCCUGGUAACCACUCAGAUAUUACUGAGGAGAGGGAUGAAAUAAAGCACCAGGCUCCGUAUGCUCCACUUGGAGUUGCAAUGGAAACCGUCGAAUCUAAACUUGGAGCUGAGGAUGCUUCUACCGAUAACAAAUUGUUGGGAACUCAACCAGAAAGCUUCCAUCAAGGUCUGCAGCCCGGAGUGGAAUCCGCAGAAAGUCAGAAAUAUUCUAUCCCAGUUGAUAAGCCCCCCAAUCAAGAACAUAUGUCUUCAACGUCAAGUAGAAAAGGUAAACAAGAGAACCUGGCAAGCAACUAUUCACCGGGACAAAACCACCAUAAUAUGGGUUAUGGUGAUUCUCAAGGGAAGCAGUCAGCACAUGGUUUUUCGCCUUCUGCUAGUGACACGUCUCAUAAAGUCGAAGCUCUCAGAAACCAAGCUGAACACUAUGCCUUAGUUCCACGUGGAGCGGCCGGUGCACAUGGUGUCCUUGAUUCGCUCAAACAGGCUAAAUUACUGCUGCAAAACAAAAUGACGAGAAUGCCAGUUUCAGAUUGCGGACCUCUUCAAAUAACUAGUAAACCGCCUGUCUACAAAACUGAUAUUGGGGACAAGAUGGAUAUUCCCGGUGAAUGUCCCGGCCUUUUCAGAGUUCCAACAGAUUUUUCACUUGAUGCUGCAAAAGCGAAUUUGCUGGGUUCAGGUUCUCGGUUGGGUUUAGCAGGUACUUACCCAGAAACUGGAGUUGUGCUGUCUACUAACAAUCGAUCUUUGAGCAGUCGCUACUUGGAAAGCAGGCCAAGUUUUUUUGGAGAUGAUAGAUAUAUCUCCAGCCCAUUCACAGAGGGUGGGUCAAGAAUGAUUUUCCCUAGACCAUCAUUCGACCCUUACUUGGACCACCGUGUUCCCAGUUCCUACGCAACGUAUCCUCCUUAUAGUUUUCAUCCAGAAACGAUUUCGGGAAUGCCUUCGAGUGAAGGGUUUCCGCGAACUCUUUCGGGUUCAACUGGUUCGACUUCUCACCCAGAUCCAUUUUUGCUUCAUGGUGGUCCUAGCCAACCUUAUAUGUAUAGAUAGCUUGUCAUGCGUAGCAGAAAAGGAAUUCCUCUAGUUUAUUCUAGUUUAGCUUGUUAA